UUAAGACAUAUGUGAUAAUCUGAUACUGUAUGCCUUAAAUAAUGUACUUUUAAUUUCAUUCGUGUGCCAUGUAUAAAUUUAGUCAUAAAACAUAAUAAAAUAAUCAUUAAGUAAUAUCUUCUCUUUAAUAAAUUUAUUAAAGUUUAUUUUAAAAUUUAUAACUCGACAGUUUUUUUAUUACGCCCUUUGUGCAUUAAUUCAUAAAUAAUAUGAUUUCUUUCCAACAAAUGCACUUAUUUUACUGUAAACAUGACAUUACUCAGACUACUGAAAAUAUCAUUAUUAAAUUUACAGAAGAAAAGUGUUUGGAAUACAAGUUCUCUUAUAACUGACAUUUUACCCUGCGAUGAAAUAGUGAAUAAAUAUUCCAAACUUUUUAUCCGAAGCCUUUUCUUAUAUUUUUCAACAUAUUCUUCAUAAACAGUAACCUUGGAAAUGUAGAAAUAUUGUAUAGAAGAAUAUAUAGAAGCAGAACAGAAGUGAGAAAAAUAACAUGCUCAGAAAGAAGGAAGAAAGAACGUUUUAUGUAAGGAGAUAUUUGAUUGAUUUACUGCAAACAUUAUUUAUAACAUAUUUCAUCAGACAAACCAAAUUUGACCAAAAAGGAAUGAAGUAUUUUGUAUGAAGAUGUCAGAGACAAGCCAACCGAGUUCUGAGAAUGAGAAGAGUAAGAGUAAGAGACCAAGGGGGCCUCGCAAAAGACAAGUUCAUAAUGAAGUGGAGAGACGACGUAAGGAUAAAAUCAAUGGUUGGAUAUCUAAAAUUGCAGAGCUUCUUCCAAGUAAAGAGUUGCAUAAACAAAGUAAAAUCAGCAUUCUAGAGCAAACAGUAGAUUAUAUAAAGCUUUUAGCUGCUGAAAGAGAUAAACUUCUGUCUGAAAAUCGUUCAGAAGUUCAAGAGGAAGAAGUAAAGAAAUUAAAAAGAGACCUUAAAGUUAUUCAGGAACAAAAUGCUGUGUAUGAAAAGUUGUUGCAACAAGCUAAUAUUAGUGUAAAUUCAUUACCAAAGAAGGUUUUGAAGUACAGCGGGAAAUUUGAAAAGAAAAAUGGUAUUUUGUCUGUAAAAAAUACAGAGUCAAACACAUGUACCAGAAUUGACAGUGCAAUUCAAGUAAGCUCCGAUUUAAUUUUAAACAUUCCAAACACAAAUUGCACUGUUUCUAAUGACACUUUAAAACCUUCUGAAACUCCUGUGAGCAAAGUUGCAAAACCUUCUGCCAAAAAUAUGCAAAAUGGGACAAAAGUGCAAAAGAUUGCUCCUGUUAGUACUGUUAGCUCUGCUGUAAAAUCCUGUAUUCCAACUAGUGAUAUUAACAAUCGAGUGAGUUCUUGUGCUGUUAUUCCUCCAUUUAUUACACAAACUGUUUAUCAAGGAAACCCAAUUACUCAGGAAAAUAUCGUACCUAUUGUAAACUGUAAUGAAACUCUUAGAAAUUCAGCUUCACUGCAUGCUGGUGGUGUUACUACUGUGUUGUCACAAUUCCCUGUUAUGUCAACAACUCAUGAUUCAUCAUUCUCUAGUGUUUGUAAUAAGAAUGUGCCCACUAUUAUCAUUCCUACAGGUGGUAGCAUUUUACAACACUUUUCUGCUGCAGAGAAGCCAUCCAAUACCAUAUCUAUCAUAUGUCCAAGUACUUUGCCUAUUCUUGUGCCUCAGCAAGUCAUUAAUGUAUCAUCUAUGGCAAGAAAUGUUGGUUUACCAUCUACAGUGUUAUGUCCUGCUCCAGUCAACAGUCAUUGUUCACCAGUGGACAAAUCUGCAUUAUUAAGCUUAACUCCAAGCUCGGUUGUUCCUAUUUCAUCUAGCAUUGCAGCCAAUACUAGGAUCAUAUUACCAUCCCAAGCCACAGUGCUAAACAAUAUAUGUGACAACACUCUGACACCAAAUGCCAUAUCUGCAUUAGUAAAUCCUGUGCCACAAGUGCCAGGAGAUGCGCUUAUAGUGCCUUUUGUCCAGAAACCCUCUGUUGUUUCUUCUGUAAAUGCUCCUGUUAAAGUGAACACUUCAGUUACAAAUGCAUCACACAUUGCCAAGCUGGAUUUCCAGAGUAAAACUGAAAGUUCUAAUACUUCUUUGAUUGUAAGUGAGAAAGAAAAUUCCUCACUAUCGCCAUCAAAGGAUUUAGAAAUAAGCAAAGAAAAGGAAAUGCUUUCAUCAACCAUUUUGCCUUCGAAUAGUAGUUCUGAGAUCCACAGCUCUUCAAAAUGUACAACUGAAAGCAAAAAGGCACUUAUGAAUAGGGUAAUAAACUUGUCUUCAAAUUCACCACCAUCUUUGCAAGUGCUAUCUGCAAAUAAAAUUAUUUCAUUAGCUAAUCAGUCACAAAAGGUACGAACUAGUCUGGUAUUUCCUUUAUAUCAAAAGUCAACUUCUAAAGCAACAUCAGUGUCCUUGCAGCGAAAUAAUGACAAGUCAGAUCAUUCCCCGAACAACAUAUGCUUACAGAUAGAUACACCAGGUGUUUCUAGCAAUGUACCAAGUAAUGAGAAAGAACCAUUGAAUUAUAAUGCCAUGAAAACUGCAACACCUGGUACGAAGUUUUCAGGUGAAACUCUGAAAUCAAAUUUUUCUCUUACCGUCUUAAUGGCAGAUGGUAAUGAUAAAAUAAAUUCUAAUAUUUCUCAAAAUUUGCAGGCUUCUAAAAGUACUCAUGAAAUCCCUAUUUUACAAACAUGUGUUUCUUCUAGUAAUACAGCAAGUACUGCAACUACUUCUAUUGCUUUUCCCAGCAUUCCAGUUUCUGAAGCUAUUUUAGAUUUUGUUAAAAGAAAUAACAAUGUUUUUGACAAUACAUCACAAAACAAUGCAUCAUCGAAAGACUUCAACUCAAAUUCUGUAAUAGAGGAAGGUAGUACAUCAAAACCAAAUAAUGAGAAGAGUAUUGGUAAUAAUGAGCCUAAAUUUCUAGAUUUGAAUAAUGUGAGUGUUUCUUUAAAUGUAUCUAGUACUUCCAAUGCCUUAACAAAUUCGCUCUGUUCUGUUGCUAAUACAUCUGCAUCUAAAAAUACUGGAACCUCACUCAGCUCAUCAGACUGUUCAAAAUUAAAUCAAGGUUCAAGUUUAUGUUACAGUGAUAAUUCAACAUCUUUAAAAUGUAUUAAUUCAUUGCAGAAUGUUAUGCCACAACCCAAUCAGUCUUCUGAUCUUAACACAUCUGCACAUAUAGAUACUGUAAAUCCAGCAUUUCAUGAAAAUGGGGCAUUUGUAAUGAAUGACAGUACUUUAAAUCAAAAUAUUUUACCUUCCUUGUUCUCUAACAGCCAAAUUGUUACUCUUAAUACUCCAAUAUUUGUAUGUUCAUCUGGGCAAGAGAACACUGAAAGCGUUCUUCUAUCUCAAAAUUUACAUGUUACAAAUGAAAUUGCAACCACUGUCAAUUCAUAUAUAUUAUCUAAUCCUGCUUCAUCAUUUUCUAGUCUGAAUAAAGAUCCAGUAUUACCGAACACAUUUUCUUCUAUACCAACUUGUUCUGAUACUGCAAAAAGCUCUGCAGGGUCUGAUACUGAUGCUGCAGUUUCUGCUUCUAAUAAUACUCCUGUGGAGAAUUUAAGAAGCAAAUCUAAUGUUUUGAGUAACAUAAGAUCUAAUAAAAGUUUAAAUAGUUCUGACAGUGAAUGCUCAAAAUCUGUUUCUAAGAAAAAGGCUAAAAGUGUGGCAAAAGCUAACAGAUCAAAUGUAAAUGAUGCCAAAAAUGUAAACUGUGAAAGUAUAUCAGAAAUUAAUCCUAAUUUUGACAUCAACAAAUCACAAUCGGUUGAAAAAUCUAGUUCCUUUGUUAAAGAUGCUUCUGGUUGCAUGAGACAGGAAUCCACUAAUUUUCUUUUCACGUCUGAUAUUUUAGCUCGAGCAACUGAAUCUAUAUUUGGAAAUGAUGUCUUAGAGACCAAUCACAUCUCAAAAAGAGAUGCCAUGUGCUUUUCAGAGGAGUCAUCAAAUUUAAAUAAUUCAUCUCCUGUCUCUUCAAAAUUAGAGGAAAGUAGUUUUAAAGUACAAAAUGAUGAAGUAAGAGAUCACAUGGUUAUAGAAUCUUCUGAGAAUACUAAGAAAAGUGAUGCAGUGAAUGAUAUGCAUAACAUAACAAUAUCUACAUGUGUAGAAAAUAUUCAAGCUAAUAAUGAAAAUAUGCAUGAUAUGAAUCAGAAACAGAACAGGCCCUGCAGAAUUAGAAAAACCAAAACAUCUGUAGAGAAUGAACCACCCUCUAAGAAAUUAAAAGAAGCAUCAGAUGUUCCUAAUAAGUUUGCUAGCACUCACAGUUUUAAUAAUUCUAAGCAAUCUGAUAAUAGCUCUGAAAAGCAAAGUGAUACUGAUACUGUUGGCCAAGCAAAUAUUUCUUGUCCUGAAAAGCAAGCAUCAUCUGAAUCUAGUUCGCCUGGAGUGGACCAAUCUGGUAUCGAUUCAAUAGGAAAUUUUAACAAUCAAAUUCAUCUGUCAGAAAACAUUUGCAAAACACCUUCAUCAGUUGAUGCAAUCUUCUCAUUGACACCUAUGUUGGGUGAUAUAUUAAAAGAUGUUUCUCAUGGGAUUAAUGUUGAAUCUAGAAACAGUGGAUUUUUACCAUGUAAUGAUAACCAAACUUUGUUUCCUUCUGACAAAAAUUUUAUUUCUUUCAAUUAUGUGAAUAAUUCAAAUGAGGAAUAUUUGAGCUUGCCCAGGAUGUAUUUUCCUAUAAUACCUGAAAUUACUGCUACUCCAGUUGUACCAGCCACUAAUGUUUCUUUUGCUCAUAGUGUAUCAUUGUGUUCCACCCAAAGUGUUUCUCUUAAAACUACUGAAACUCUUUCAUCUUCUGAGUCACCUGGAAAAUCAGAUCCUAAGAAAAAAACUACAUCAUCUGAUAUUCAUAACAGCCUUCCUAAUUCUCUUAGCCAGGAAUUAAGCUCUACUAAUACACUGGCAAAGCAGUCUGAGUGCAUUUUAAAAUUUAGUGAAUCAGAGCCCCAGUUUAGCAUUGGAUCUUCUAAAGUAUCGAAUAAUGGUUCCUUACUUUUUGAUACUCAAAGUACUGAUGUUCAUGCUACAAACAUAAAUGUGACACAUUCUAACUUGAUCAUUCCUCAGAGUGAAGCUAAUUUCAAUGCACGGGACAAUUUCAUGCCUAUUGUUUCUCAUGGUGUAACCUUUUAUCCUUCUCUGUCUAGCUCAUCUAGUAUCCAAAAUUUUGUAUCUAGUUCAUCACCUGCAGUAUCUCACUCAAAUUAUCACUGCAAUAAUGCAAAUAGUAUGCCCUAUUCGGUUCAAGCAUCCAGUUCUGGAAGUAAUACCACUUCAUUCACUUCACAAUCUGCCAUGUCAAAGACAGAUUCUUUAAGCCAUUCCCUUUGCUCUCUUUUGAAAGAAACUACCAAUAUUUUAGCUGAAAACAGAACUGGAUCUACCAGUGCUGUAUCAUCACAAAGCAUCAAUUCAUCAUCAUCUGCUAAUAUUUCACAAUCAAAAUAUUCAGCUUUAUCGCUUAUAGCUGAUCAGACAUUUUCUGAACCUGUUUCAUCAUCGGCCUGUCACACUGAUUAUGGGCAGAAUUCAAUGACUUGCACAACUUCAGCAUCCGAGAUGCAAUUUGCUGCUUCAUCAUCAUGUAGCAGAAACCAAAGAUCUUCACUUUCAUACUCAGCUGAGAGUCUAAUACAAACGUCUUGUGCAAAUUCUGAGAAAAAUAAAAAUAAAAAUGCUGCUAAUUCUAGAUAUCAGCAUCGUUCUACUGAAAAGAAGAAUGAUCGUAACAGUAUGGCAAGUUUGCAUAAUAUAACAGAUACAAAUAUAUUCAUGCCUGUUUCCAAUUGUGACAUUAACAUCCAGAAUGCACCUUUGGUGCCUUUACCUCCAGUAACAUCCUUUCAUAACUUUCCAUCAAGUUACACAAUGUGUGAAAGUGUACCAUCUACUACUAUUUUUAAUUCUGUGAGUCGGUCUCAUGAUAUAGCAUUAUCACUCUCGAAUGAUAAUUUUCUUAAUCAUAUGAAUUUGACUGUUGAAUCUCAGAUGCUAAAUAAUAGACAUGAUAUGUCUUCAGCUGUUCCUAAACCUUCUAAUAGUAUCACAUUACCCUUUGAAAAUCAUGGAUCGCUUUAUAAUAAUUGUAAUUUUUUACCUCCAGUUAAACCUACUUUAGAAAAUUCUAGAGCUUCUGAAUCCAAUGCUUGUUUCCAACCUGCUUCUUUCAAUAAUAGUUAUCCUCAACAAUCUCAAAAGCCCAACUGUUGCCAUUUCUCACAUAGGACUAUUGCAACAAAUCCUGAACUUCCAGGUGAUAUGAAUUUACCUGUAGUUCCUCCAGUUGCAUCAUUUCAUACAGAGAAAAAUAAUUUCCAAGCAAACAGAUCAUCCUUACAGACUACCUUUACUCAAAGCAAUGCUAAUUAUGUAGGAAAUUUUUUUUAUAAUCCAGCAGCUAAUGCACGCGAUAUCAAUGACAUGACCAUGAAACCGUCCAAUCUCAGAACAUCUCAGGAAACAUUUGUGCCUGAAGGAGUUCGUCAGAACAUCCAUGAUCACAAUGCUGGAAUUAUUUUCAAUAACCGUAAAUCUGUAUCUUCAAGCAGAUCAAAGUCAAAAAAAGUUAAAAAUAACAGCAUUAAUGAAAGUAACAUGAAUGUUAUUCCUAAUUCUAUGGUAAACUUCUGUGGUACUCAAGAAGUGUCUUGUAGUAAGGCAAAUAUAUCCUGUGUGCCCAAUGGUUAUUUUAAGAAUAACACACAUUCUGUCAUUCCACCUCCUGGUCAGCUUUCAUGUUCCCAAAAUAAAAUAUCCGAAAGUGCAACAAAUACUGUGAUACCUGCCAAUCCAUCUUUUAAUUCUGUUUUACAUCAACAAGGAGAUACAUUUUUGAAUUUAAAUUUCCAACCUUCAAAUUUUACCAUGAGCCCAUUACCAAGACCUCCUACACAGCCUCUAUCAUGUUCUUGUAUAACAACUCCAAUAAUAAGUCAUACAUUUUCUUCAACUGCACAUCCAGUCCCAAAUUUUAAUUUAAGUAACAUUUUGCCAGACAUGGGAUGCUCUGCUAACCAAGUUUCUUUAUCUCCUGUCAAAUUUCCACCCAUGAACCAUGCCUUACCAUCAUCUUCAGCACAAUGUCAGGCAAAUCCUACUAUCACUAAUUCAGCUCAUAUUGUAUCUCAUCAAUCUUGUGCCCCUGCACUAUACCCUCCUCAUCCUCCUAUGGUGAGAAAUACACUAAAUCCAAUUUUAAGUCAUAAUCCUCAGGCGUUGAGUGACAGUCAGGUAUCACUUGUUGGUGGUAGUGGAAGUUCAAUGAUACCACAAAAUACUACAUUCUCUGCAACACAGAAUCCAACUUUUAGAAAUGUCAUUCAUUCUUUGGCCUUUCCUCGCAGUGAUCGGUAGUAUCAACUCUCCAGAAUUAUAUAUAUUGCACCAAAGUGUUUCUUGUACAAAUAUAAGAAUAUUUUACUUCUUUUCAAUUUUAUUUCAACUUGACUAUGCAAAAUAUAUCCCAAAAUGGAAGUAAUUUGAGUGUAUAUUAUGAAGCUCUCUGGAAUGUACAGGUCAAAGUUCCCAAAAAAGGCAUUUUAUGAAAACCUAUGUAAAAAAGGUAAUUAAUUAAAAGAAAGAAACUUAAUGUUUAAAUUUUCGGUUAUUUUUAUUACUUAUUUAUUCUAAUUGUUAUGCUUACUAAUAAUUUCUUGUAAGUUUGUUUUCAAUGGCAGAUAUACCUGUCUGUAUUUAUGUAUUAAUGGCUAUAUAUAACCAAUGUAAAAUUUCUUAAUUUCUAGCACUCUGAUAGUGGAGGUAUGUUUAAAAAUAAAUAUUAAAUGUAAAUUAUUUAAUGUUAAAAGUGGUUUUCUAAAGUUAGAAAUUUAUGUACUUUUUUAAUACUUUUUUUUUACUAACACAUACAUUAGUGAAACAUUUAAGUAUUUUCCCUAAAUUAAACAUUUUUUAAAAAUGCCCAGUGACUUGAUAAAAAGGAAGCAUCAUAAGAAUGACAGGAAUCUAUUUUAGUAUUUUCAUUAAAAAGUUUGUAAUUUUCUAUGAAUUGGUAAAUUUAUAUCAGUUUCAUUGUAUUUUACAUUUUUCUAUCAUUUGUAUGGAUUUUUUGGAACAUCUCUAUUGUCCAAAAAUAAAUAUAUUGGGGCACAUAUUACACAUAUUAAGUACACAAUGUUUUAAAGAAGUUUGUGGUGCUUAGGGAUUAUUAUAUUUUUUUCCAAAAGAAUAAUUGAGCAUGGUGUAAAACUACUCUUGCAUUAAAAAUCACCCCAAGAAAGCAGAUAAGGAAGUGACCCUGAAAUAUUUUUCAUUUAUAUGUACCAUCUAGUAAAUGAACUUCAUAGGGACCUUGAUAACUAGAGCUUUCAAAAGUCUUUCUUGCUAAAGUUGUUUUUAUCCUAAUCUGUGUGUUCAUGGGUUAACAAAAAAUUUGUAAUAAUAAUUUAAAUGAGCAGUUGCACUGUGAUUUAUUUCAAGAAAGAAAAAUACCUGUAUUUUCUGUUUAUUGGGAUAAACUUUGUAAUUUUAAUUUCAAAUACCGGACAAGAAAUAAAUGUGGAAGCAAAGAGAAGGGAUUUAAAAUAUUGUUUUUGUCUUUCUGUGAUUUAUUUUUAUUAGUUUAUGAGAAAUAAAUCUGAUUUUCUAGUUUAAACAAAGCAUAUUAAAACUUUGGAACAAUUAUGCCAGAAAGAAUUUUUUUUUUUUCAAACAGCAAGGGGAUUUUAGCUUUAUGUAUAGUAAAAUAACAUAAACGUCAUUGAUGAAUGUACAUUUCUUAUUUUCAUUAAUAGUGUACGAAUUUUUUUAAAAAAAUUAUAUAAAAGGAUUCAGAAUGUUAAAAACUGGAACAUACUGAGCAUGCUUCUUAAAAAGAUCAAAGAUUGAGUGAUGCAAUUUUUCAGUGUGACACUGUAUAACACAGUAGUAUUCUGGCAUUUAUUUUUGGUACGGUUCCCUAACAAUAACUGUGCAUUAUCUGAAUAUAAUUUACCAAGUUCUUGGUAUUAUUUUCAUUGAAAAAUGCUGCUAGCUUUAAAAUUAAUUUGUGAUAUUGAUUGUAAAUAUUUUAUUUUCAAAUGUGUAUUUUGUCUUCUGUUGCCUUUUCCUACUAAAAGCUUUUUAUUUAAUUAACUGAUGAUGUUGGUCAUACAAGAUUGUAUUUGUUUAACUGUGUUCUUUUAUCAAUAAAAUGCAAAUUGGGUACAUUAGGAAGACUAAUGAGAAUAAUUUAGUUUAUGACCUCUAAAAAUCUGUGUCCUAGGCCAGUAGUCGUAAAGGUGUUGGUGGUGGCUCGCAGAUUGCAUGUGGCCUACAAAUGUGUUUCAGUUUUGUAGUAGUUGCAAAUAUGGUGUUGUCAAGAUUUUAGUAAUUUGAAGUCCGAGUUUACAUAAUGUUAAUUAUCAUUAAAAACAAACAUGAAUAACAGACCAGAAAAUCUGUAAAUGGAGUUAUUUAAUUUACAGCAUGAUAUAAAUCUUAUUUAGAGAUUUGAAGAUACAGAUUUUAUUAACUUUUAUUUGUAUGUGUUAGAAAAUAAAUACUCUCAGUUAUAAAUUUUUGCAUUAAAAAUAACUUCUUUGUUUAGGAAAAUAUUUAUUGACUGUCUGUAAUGUGAUACAGGGAAAAAAAUUGUUUUUAAUUAAAUGAAUUUUAAACAUAAAAAUUAUCUGACACUGCUAGUGCUGGAACAAAAUAGAAAUAAAUCCCUUACUAAUGAAACUGACGGUUGAUAUAAAAACCAAAAUUCUUUAAUCUUUUAAAGGAAAAUUAAUUUAAAACCCAACUCGAUUGAUUCAGUGUCUGAAAAGUAAAGCAAGAUGCAUCGUCUCUGGUGCCUUUGUAUAAAAAUCGAAGCUUAUAUUUUUCACUAAUGUUUGCAAUUAAUUAAAAAAAUAUGCUAUUUUCUCAAUUAACUGUGAAAGGGCACAAAAUCUUCAUCUUUCCCAUGAGGACUUCCUUUUCAUAUCCAAAGUAAAUUUAACUCCCUCUCCCAUAUUUCCUAUUUCAUUUUAAUUAAAGCUUGUAAUAAUUUUAUAUUAAAUUAAUUAGCACCUACAUUUCAUGACACAACAUGACCAAUGAACAUAUAUAAUCCGUGAUAAAUAUAUAAUUUCUAGUUAGCACUCUCAAAGGUUAUGAACUGUAUCAAAAUUGAAAUGCCAUCAAGUGUCAAGCUGUAGUAAGAAAAUAUAAGUUUAUAUUUCUUUAUAAACAAACAUACAUAUUUUUAUAUAUGUGUUGAAAAAUUCAAUAAGUAAGAGAAAAAGACUAGGUUGUCAUUAUUUACUCUCAAGUUCUUCCCUCUUGGAAAGUUCAAAACUUGGAAACUUUCCUUAAUUUGUUUAUUUUUUAGUUUAAAUUAAAGUAAGUAAGUGAAUGAUUAAUUAAACAUGUUAGAAUUAUUUGAAAUAAAUCUCAAUCUGAAAAUUUAAUAUUUAGUGAUCGAUAUAUUUGAAUUACGAAGCAUAACCAGUAGAAAUGUCUAGGUAGUAUCAAAACUUUAGAUUUCAAUAGAAAGUGUAUAAAAAUUUGAAUUUUUUUUACUUUGCUAUAUUAUUAUUAUUUAUGUAUGUUUUGAUAAAUAUUUAGCAACUGAAAUUUAAGAUUUAUUUAAAGUAUAUUUUAUUUUGCCUAUAAAUAGAUAAAAAAUUUUCAUUUUGAUUUUAAAAAUUCUGGCCCGUUAGCUGUUUUUAGAUCAACUUAGUGCCAUUUCUUCCUUUCCUGUUGCUUCCUCAGAUCAGAAUAGUGUUCUUUCUUCCACUGUUUUCUGCCACCAAUUCUUCCCGUUCGCUGUUUGAAAAAUCACUUUGCUAUAAAGCAAACACCUGUUUUUAUUGAUUAAACAAGGUGACCCUUAAUACUUUGAUCUCGCUUAGCUUUUCUUAUAAUAUUUAUUAAAUAUUUCUUGUAGAUGAAUUAUUUAUUCUGAAUAGAAUGAUGAAUUUGAGGUGCGUUCAAGAAGCGUAUAUCUGAGUUUUAAUUAUGUUUUUGUUUUAUAAUUCCAUUUUUCUCACAUGCUUCAAAAGCAAUGGAACUAUGAUUCCACUGCUUUAAAAUAAAAAAGUGUAAGAAUUGCAUAAUUAAGAUUAGUGUACAUUAUUUAAAAGUAUUGUGAGCUCUCUGUAAAUACGACCAUUAACAGUUCUAUGGGACUUUGGAUGUUGUGGUCUUGAAGAGGUGAUGUUCACUGCCAUUUUGUAUUUUUAUUCCUAAAAAUGACUUCUUAAAGAGGUUGCCAGUACAGGAUUCACUAUAAUUAAUAAAUAAAUUAAUUUAAUCUAAGUUACCAAAAAAAAAAAGGCUCUUUAUGCUGAGAAAGAUUUAAGAGCAAUGUAAUUGUAUUUUUUCUUUCACAUUAAAUUGUUAUGAUAAUACAAUAGUACACAAAAAGCUUAAUUGUUUUUGUGUAGUUUUCAUUGUAUAUAACUGAUAUAUGUCCAUAAGCAUUCAACAGGUAUUGAAAUUUCAAUAUUUUGAUGAAUACGAGCAUAUUCGUCACAAACCAUUUUUUCCACACUGGCCCCCAAAAAAUUUUAAUACAGUAUAACAGACUUAUAAAGGGCUCCAUAUCUCAAAUAUCAAGUCUAAAUCUGGCUCUGAUCUUAGCUAUGUUAGGAAUGCGGGUAUAGUUUCCUUCUUGCAAUAUAUCAUCUUCAGAAUUUGUCAGUAAAGUUCCAUUGCAAUGAACCCAACAUUCUUUAUCAUUUUAAAUAUUCCUUUUUAAUAAUACGAGUAUAUGAUGUACAUUUGAAUAUUACAGCUUGAUGACCACGUCUGGUUUCAUUAUAUUCAGGUUUUGUUAAACCUAUGAUCAUGCUUUAAACUGAGAUGAAUGAAAAUAUUAAGAUACAAAUUGAGAAUAGUCACAUAGGAUUGAAAAUAGAAUUAAUUGCAUUUCACGCCUGUGCAUUAUCCUAAACUUACUUCACAGCAAUUGUUAUAUUGCUCAGACUGUUAGGUGUAACAAAGCCAAUUGGCAUUUAUCACAUAAUGUGGCCUAUCUCAACAAAUGGCCCUCUCGAUAACGACUUUUUGAAAAGAUGAUGAUGGAGGGAAAACUCAGCUUUCCAUUAGUAUGGGUACUGAUGAGAGGGAUGAGGGAGAGCAGUGGAUGAAACAGCACAAUUUGACCACAGGAUGAAAAGGGAAAGGAAGAACAUGAAAUUUAUUUCACACUGAGCAUUCGGCCAGCACACAAUUUGAAUUUAAGACCACUGUCUUAGACAAUUGCUUAUGUUGCCUAUGAUAGAGGCUUUGAAAGAAUUAAAAGAACCUUGAGAUGUAUAUUUACUUGAUAGCAGUGCUAAGUAACAUCCUUUUCUAGUCAUGUAAAUGUCCCCUAAUAUUACUUCAUUUCAUGUUACAAUGUUUGUGUAAAAUAUUGGCUCAAGUAACUGAUUUACUCUAUAAAUUAUAUGCUUUCUCAUUAAAUUGCAGUAUUUAUAUGUGUAUAAAAAUUAUGUAGAUUCUCAGUAAUGAACCUAAUUUUAUUCUUUUUGCUGAUUACAGCACGAUUUAUUUUCCUUUUCUUUUGAUGUAGUAACAUAUUGUUAAACAGACAUAUUUUUUGUGGAAUUUUACUUGUGUAUUAUGGAAUAUAUAUUCUAAUUUUAUAAAAUAAAGGUAUAUAUAUACAUGUAUAUUAUUCCUAGAAGAAAUGUCAUGAGUAAAAUUCUGUACUUUCAGUUCAAAGACUUUUCACAGCUGCCAACCCUCCAGUUUUUCACAACAUCUCCUAAUUUUUAAUUUUUAGUCUCUAAUAAUGAAAAUAUUUUCAAGUAUUUUUCAGCAAUAAACGAAAUUUAUCGAAUAAAUGAAACUUAAGUUAUGUAAAUUUCAUGCCUCCAUCCCUAAUAAACUUUCUUUUUAAAUUUAAUCUGAUCUGAAUUGUCUUAAUUUAUUACAGACAUUUGUAGAACUUUGUAUGAAGAUUCAAUCUAUAUUUAGUCAGUAAAUAUUUAUAUUUAAUUUUGUUUUACACCAAUAAUAUGUAAUUGUCUGGUGCAGUAUUUUACAUUUAAUAAGUGAAAAGCUAAGUUUAAUUUGUGUGCUGAAGUGCUGCAAGAGCAAAAUUUUGGUUGUAAACUUUAACAAGUUUCAAUCUCUCAUAAAUCAAUAGAUUGUCGUCAUACAUUUGUAUAUUUGGUGUAUGUUUCGUGUUGGUCUCAGAGGUAGAUUUACAGCAUUUGGGCUAUACAUUGAUGGAAAGAACUUUUUUUUUUUAAUUACUUCUGCUAAAAAAUUCAUAUAUGCAAUUUACUUAUCAUAGUUACCAGUGUGCUCAGUAAAACCUGGAAAUUCCUUGUUUUUCAUCCCAUCUCAUAGUCGAUCGCUGAAUUUCCCAGUUUUUAAUUUUUAUCUUUUACUAAAAAAUGCGUUUUUCAGCAAUAUAAUUUCACUGAAUUUCCGAAAUGUAAAUUGUAUGGUUUCAUUCCUAGCAAUUUGCUGCAUAUUUUUUUGUUAAAAUUUAUUUGAUUUGAAUUGUAGUAAUCUGUUGUAGAUAUUUGUAGAACUUCAUAUGAAGAUUCGAAUAAUGUAAAUCAGUAAACAUUCAUAUUUAAUUUUGUCUUACAUCAAUAUAUGGUCAUUACUAAGUUUAUCUACACAAUUGUAUAUAAGUUAAUUGUUUAAUUAAAUCUUCAUUUUGUUUGAAAGUUCUUUGGUUCUUUCCUUCCUUACUCAGGAUUUUCUCAGAAAGGAAAAUUGCAAAGUGAAAUUAACCAAAGAACAUAAAAUUUAAAAUAUCUAAUUAAAUGUUAAUAAAUUUUAGUUAUAAUACUAUCCUAAACAGUUGAGUGACCUGAUUCGAGCAUUAUAAAGUGAAGUUAAGUCAAAUUUGAAUUGAAGUCAAUAAAUGUUUUGACAUGAUGCGGCCGUGCAGAGUGAAAACUCUCUAAAGCUCUCAGUUUACGGCAGAAGAACCUCCCUAUUAUUCAUAUUUCUAGGUUGGCAGCUAUAACAUAAUACCCAGCAAUUAAAUUGAUUUUUAUAAAUGCAUUUGGCUUUGAAUAAGAAAUGUAAAAAAUUGUGCUUAAUUAUAAAAUAUGCAAUUGACUGAUCUUUUUAAUUAUUUGAAUGAACAGAAAAUUUAAAUGUGCAUUUAUUUUGUUACUGGUCAUGCUAAACUAUUUUGGGAAGUGUGAAUACUGAAUAUCAUGUACUUUGUCUUGUCUAAAGAAUAGCUUAACUUCAUUCAAUGUAAACUAUGCAAACUUGUAAAUAUAAGUAGUUCCACGAAGUGUACAAAUUAAAGUAUCAUAAAUGUUUGUAAAUAUGCAAAUGAAAUAUAUUUAAAAAUAAAUUUGUAUAGUGUAUACGAAUUUCAAUGAAAAUAAAUAUUUUAAUUAUGUA